AUGGCAAAGCUCAUACCCACAAUUGCUCUUGUUAGUGUUUUCUUGUUCAUCAUUGCCAAUGCGUCUUUCGCUUACAGGACCACCAUCACCACCAUUGAGAUUGACGAGUCAAAGGGUGAAAGGGAAGGAUCGAGCUCGCAGCAAUGCCGCCAGGAAGUUCAGAGGAAGGACUUGAGCUCCUGCGAGCGAUACCUGAGGCAAUCAAGUUCAAGAAGAUCACCAGGAGAAGAAGUGUUAAGGAUGCCUGGAGAUGAAAACCAGCAGCAGGAGAGCCAGCAACUCCAGCAAUGCUGCAAUCAGGUAAAGCAAGUAAGAGAUGAAUGCCAAUGUGAAGCAAUCAAAUAUAUCGCAGAGGAUCAGAUUCAGCAGGGACAGCUACAUGGAGAAGAGUCUGAAAGAGUGGCGCAGAGAGCAGGUGAAAUUGUAUCUUCUUGCGGUGUGCGUUGCAUGCGCCAAACUCGAACAAACCCAAGCCAGCAGGGGUGUCGUGGGCAGAUUCAAGAGCAACAAAAUCUCAGGCAAUGCCAGGAAUAUAUCAAACAACAAGUUUCCGGACAGGGACCAAGAAGAAGUGACAAUCAAGAACGGUCUCUUCGUGGGUGCUGUGACCAUCUCAAGCAGAUGCAGUCACAGUGCAGAUGCGAGGGUCUGAGGCAGGCUAUUGAGCAGCAACAGAGCCAGGGGCAACUUCAAGGUCAGGAUGUUUUUGAGGCUUUCAGGACAGCUGCGAAUUUGCCAUCAAUGUGCGGCGUCUCACCAACCGAAUGCCGGUUCUAA